AUGCUUCGUCGUUCAAAUAAUACUUUUACAAAACUUGUGAGGUUCAAGUCAGACUAUUUGAACCCUACUAUCAAACAGCAGCUUGGAUCACCAGCAAAAGUUGGUUCCAUAAUAGAAGCCCGUGGCUUUGUCAAGAGCAUUAGAACAUCAAAAAAAGUUGGAUUUGUUGAUAUUUCAGAUGGAUCAAUUCACAAGAACUUAAACAUUGUUCUCCAGGGAUCAGAACAACCUAAGUUUAAAGUAGGUCAAAGUAUAAUUGUUAAAGGAGAAUGGUGUCAAGGUAAGGGUACUCAACCUUUUGAAUUGAAAUACAAUCCAAAAAACCCAGAUCAUAAAAUUACAAUCUUGGGAGAUGUCACAGAAGAUUAUCCAUUACAAAAGAAAUCCACAUCAAUGCCAUUUUUAAGAACAUUCCCUGAAUUAAAACAUAGAACUAAUACAUUGGCAUCAUUCUUGCGUUUAAGAUCUCACAUGGAAUUCAAAUUGAUGGAAUUUUUCCAGCAACAAGAUUUUAUCAAAGUCACACCCCCAUUGAUUACCAGUUCAGAUUGUGAAGGUGCCGGUGAAGUAUUUUCUGUGCAUAGUGCAAGUGAUAAACCAAAUGAGAAAUUCUUUGGUAAGAAUGCAUAUUUAACAGUGUCGACACAAUUGCAUCUUGAAUGUUUGGCAUUAGCAUUGAACCGUGCGUGGACAUUAACACCUUGUUUUAGGGCUGAACAAUCAAAUACUACAAGACAUUUAAGUGAAUUUUGGAUGUUAGAAGCUGAAAUUUCUCACGUUGAUUCUGUUCAUCAAGUCACAAACUUUAUUGAAGAUAUGGUACGAUAUGUCACACAAUCGUUGAUGGAUAGUAGUUCUGAGUCUAGUGUUAAUAAUAUCAGUGCUGGUGAUGGGAAUGAUUAUUUGAAUGGAAGUUAUAUUGACAAGGAAUUGGUAAAAGAAAGAUGGGCUAAAAUGUUAACACCAGAUAGAUGGCCAAGAAUGACCUAUACGGAUGCUGUUUCUCUAUUAAAUAAGACCCUACCAGAAAACGAACAACUUCAGUGGGGUGACUCUUUGCAAUUAAAACAUGAACGAAUGUUAGCUGAGAAUAGUCCUAUUUUCAUAACAGAUUAUCCGUCUGCUCAGAAACCAUUCUAUAUGAUUAAAUCUGCAAAUUUUGAUCCAGAAAAGCCUACUGUUGCGUGCUUUGAUUUGUUGGUCCCAGAAUUUGGUGAGUUAGCUGGUGGAUCAUUAAGAGAACAUGAUUAUGAAGUCUUGAAGAAAAAUUUAGAAGACCAUCAAAUGGAUAUGCAAGACAUGGAUUGGUAUUUGAAUUUACGAAGACAAGGUACUGUUCCACAUGGUGGAUUUGGUCUAGGAUUUGAGAGAAUGAUCACAUUUUUGGCAGGUUAUGACAAUGUCAGAGAUGUUUCUGCUUUCCCAAGAGCUCCUGAUCUAUGCAAUUGUUAG